UACAUAUUCAUAUUUAUUGUACCUAAGAGUACCUCUACCUAGGGCAAUAAAUAGUAACGUGCGCCGACCUACCGAGGCAGUCUGUCAUUGAAAAGGUAAAAAUAUUAACGUACCACGCGAAGGCGAACAACAACAAGUAGGAAGGCGAUGAAUCAGUUUGCCUUAUAGUCCUUGUCUUGAAAAUAUAAUAGCGAUAUUUCGCUUUCAUAUCCACGAAAAGCACAACUAAGAAGAACAAGAUGGCGUGGUGUUGUUCUUCGUGGGCGUGGGUGGCCGUUCUGGGGGGCUUCCUCGUACUCGUCGGUGCGAGUCUGCCGUUCAUUCAGCAUAUGGCAAAGGACCGAUUGGCGAACAUCCGGAAUAGUGAUGGCAGUGUUCUUCGGGUCGAGGAGCAAAAGAUUUGGGCGCUGCGCCGCAUCGCGUUCGUCGUCCUGCUGGUGACGGGUACUCAAUGGCUAGGAGCGGCGCUCCGCACGCCUAUUUUCCAAGAGUACGUAUCAGUGGAGAGUGAACGGGUGGCCAGGGAAUACUCAGUGUGGAGCAUUAUCCCGUUGAUCCUUUUCUACAACGUGCUCACCUCCAUCUCACGCCCGCAAACACUCGUCUACCGAAUCUCCUAUGCCUAUGGAGCCGCACUACUCGUAUUUCUAAUUUUUGACAUUAAAAGAGUUUUAAUGGCCAAAAUAUUUGGGAGGGGUUUUUGGAUGGAUUAUUGGGAGGAGAGGGGUCAACCCCCUUCCCACCUUCCUCGCCAGAUCGGAAGCGGCAACGCUUGAAAGCCUCAAAGAAAGCGGCGCAAAGACCGGCACCGCAUUGGUGUGAUUGGCGUCUCGCAGCUCCUCCUUGUGAGUGUGUGGCCGGAGGUCGCGAGCGAGGAACCUCGAGGGGGCCCAACCUGCUGGCAACACCUUCGCACCCCUCUCGCCAAAUGAUUACUGCGCGGCGCCGCGCGGAGGGAGGCAGAAAAACGGGCGAAAGUAAGAGCCGGCCACACGGGUGCGAAGCCAAAGCCGCAGGCGUGCGAUUAGGUCCGCGCCCGCGCGGACACCCCUCGAGGGGAGUGUGGCUGGAGGUUGCGGGCGGUGAAUCUUGCCAAGAAACUAGGCGCCCACCCUCUGGCAACCCCCUCAGGCCCUCCGCGCCCGAUCACAGCCGCCAGCGUGAGGGGGCCGCAAAUAGUUCCAGCCUCGGGGCUGAUCUUGUGGCGUUUCUCUAAGAGGAAAACCGCGGAAGGGCGGGACUGGCAACGCUCACAGCUGAUAAAUAUGCCCCACGCGGGCCUUUAGCUUUUUGCGGGGUCUAGCUGCAUGGGAGGAAUCACCUCAAGCGCGGGACUUUGGUGGCGGCGCCGUGCCAGUUCGGUGGGCUCUGUUGCUUUUCAUCUUGCGGGGGCCGUGGCAUGUUUGUGGGGCUUUGCUGUAGCUUUUGGGCUUGCUCGUGCUGUAUUGGGGUGGGGUGGUCGCGCGGUGUUUGGGGGGCCUGGCUGGGCUGCUUUCGGGGGUUGUUUUUCUCGUGCUGUGUUUGGGGGGUUUUGUCAGGCUGCGUCGCAGGGGUCUUAUUGCGCGGGGGGGGGCGUGGUGUGUUUAGAGGUCGCGGCGUCUAUGUUUGGGGGGAUCGUGGUGCGCUUGUUGGGGUCGCGCUGUGUUUGCGGGGGUUCGUGCUGCGUGUUUUGGGGGUUCGUGGCAUUUCUAGGGGGGUUGUGGUGUAUGUCGAGGGUGAUGUGGUUUUGAGGGGUGGGGGGGUCGUGGUUUGCUUGGCGGGUCGCAGAGCAUUGGGGGGUCGCUUUGUGUUUUAGGGGUCGUGCGGUGCUUCCUUCGGGGGUUUAUUUUGUCCCUGAGGGGCCACGCAGUGCUUAGGGGUUGGCUCGGGCUGUGGCUGCUUAAGAAGUCGGGCCUUGCCUUGCGGGACUGUGCCGCGCUUAGGGGUUACGCUUACGCGGCGGGGCUUUGGGGGUCGUGCGGUGUCUGGGGGGUUGCGUAGUGUCUUGGCGGCUGUCUGCGGUGUGGACGGGUCGUGCUGUAUGCUCCAGGAGGCCCUCUUCAGAGGCGCACGGGGCCAAAUAUCUCAAACUUUCAAUGGAGGAGCUGAGGGAGGCUCCGCCGAAUUCUCCAGCGUUCCCACUUCGCGCGCGCGGUCUCCUUGGCUACCAAGGCCGUGGCUUUUUCAAGUGUGCAGCUUGGAAACCCUUCAAAGGUCGGGGCUUUUCAACCAAUCAACAACCAGCGCAAGACCUUGCGCGCCGCGUCGGCUUAUCGCGGUGCGGCUGCGAAGGCGUAGGACCAUGGAGGCAGCAGGCGCGCGCGUGGUCUCUUUGGCUUCCAAAGCCGCGCCUUCUUCAGGUGUUUAACUUGAAAACCCUUCAAAGAAAGGGCAGGGCUCUUCAACCAAUCAACAACCAGGGCAAGAGCCUCCGCCGCCGCGUCGGCUUAUCGCGGUGCGGCUGCGAUGCCGCAGGGCCAUGGAGGUGGCAGGCGUGCGCGCGCUGUCUCCUUGGCUUCCAAAGCUGUGGCCUUUUCACGUGUUCAACUUGAAAACUUUGCAAAAGUCGGGGCUUUUUAACCAAGCAAGACCAACAACCAGCGCCAGAGGCUUCGUCGCCGCGUCGACUUAUCGGGGGGCGGCUGCGAAGCCGCAGGGCCAUGGAUUCAGCAGGCGCGCGCGCGGUCUCCUGGGUCUCAAACAAAGCCGCGACUUUUUCAGGUGUUCGCUCAACUUCACUCGGAAACCCUUCAAAAGUCGGGGCUUUUCUUCAGCCAAUCGGCAACCAGCGAAGGGCGUUCGGCUUCGGUUCUGAGGGGGCGGGAAGCUUUGGAAUCUGGUGGGGGUUUGCCUUGCCUCGCGAUGAGAUUCUCGAAAAGCAACGCGCUUCUGGUUGGUUUUCUUGUGCGCUUCUAUAGAGGGCGGCCACGAUCUUGAGGGGCUGCGCUUUUUAGCGGGGGCUACGUUGUUCCGGGGGGGUCUUGUUGGGCCCUGGGGGCAGUGCGGUGCUGCUUUUUCAAGCGCUAGCUUUUUUUUGCGGGCCGCUUUUUCCUUGCGGGUCAUGCUGUGUCGGAGUGGUCGCGGGGUGUUGGGGGUGUCUGCGUGGUGGUGUGUCUGGGGGACCAUGCUGAGCUUGAGACUCUGGGGGGCCAUGCGGUGUCUUGGAGGGGGGACGUUUUUACUUCGGGGCCAUGUGGUGUUUAGGCGGUUGCGGGUUUGUUAUUGUUUGGUGAAUGGUCGUGAGGUGUCUGGGGAAUUGUGGCGUGCCUGGGGGGUCGUCGUGGCGUGUUCGGGGGCUGGGUUACGCUUUCUUUCAGUUUCACCGUUUGGGGCCGCUGUGUGUGGGCGCGUGGCCGCGGUGGGUUUCAAGGGUCACGUCGUGCCCUGGGGGCCGUCGAGGGUCUUGGCGGUCGUGCUAGCUGCACGGCUGGGGGGGGUCAUGCGGUGUCUAGGGGCCGUGCUCUGUUUUGGGGGCCAUGACGUGACAUCUUUGGGGUCGUGUAAGUAGAUAUGUUGAUGUUCGGCUUCGGCAGGUGGUCGGGCCAUGCUGCGGGGGAUGGUGGUGCGCUGGGGGGUCGUGGUGUCUGCGUCUCGGGGGUCACUUUCUUUGUGUCCCGGAUGGUGUUGCGCUGGGGGGCCGCGGUUGGGGGGCUUUGUUGUGCAGUGAGUUCGGGGGGCCGUGUGGUGCCAGGGUGGCCGUAGUGUGCUUGGGGGUCCGUGGUGUUAGGGGGGUGAUGUUGUUUCUAGGGGGCCGUGCUGUUUUUUGGGGGUGGUCAUGUGGUGGCUUCACUUAGGAUAGGGGCCGGGCUUUCCCUUCGGGGUCAUACUUUUAUUUUCUCCAGGUAGUCACGUGUUGCGUCUGCGUGGUCGCAGUCAGUGAGAUUUGAGGGGGUCAUGGUGUGUCGUUGGGGUAAUGGUGAGUCAUAGUAGGCGGGGCGCUUUGCUUUUGUGAUCGUGCUGCGUUUUGGUGGCCAUGCGGCUGCGCUUUGGUGGUCAACAUGUGAGGCAUUAGCAUGGCUUGCUUUUGCCUGGGGGUCAUGCUGUGUUAUGGUGGUCGCGGUGUGUUUGGGGGGUCGUGGUGUGUCUUGGUCGUCGUUGUGGCGUGUUCGGGGCGGUGGUAUCGUGCUUUUCGGGGUCUUGCUGUGUUUUGGGGUCCAUCUCCAUGUUGUGCCGGGGGUGCAUUGCUGCGCCUUGUUGGGUCUGUGCUGUGUUUUGGAGGGCAUGGUGUGUCUUAGUGGUCGUGUUUUGUUUUGGGGUCCACCUUGCGCCCGGGGGUCGUGCUGCGUUUUUGGGGCUCUCUUGAGUUUUCGGGCUUGUCGUUGUUAUGCGGCGUCUUUGGGGUCGUGGGGUGGUAUUGGGGGAUCGUGGUGCCCCUUCGGCUUCGGGUCGUGUUGUUUCUAGGGGGCUGCGUUGUGUGGGGGGGACGUGUUGUGUUUUGGGGUCGUGCUACGUCUUAGGGGUUGCGCGUGGUCUUGGGGUCAGGUGGUGCCGGGGGGGUCCGUCGUGGGGUGCUUCGAGGGGACUGCGGUGCCCCCUUGGAGUUAUGGGGCCGCGCUGUGUCCGUGGGGCUGGGGCCGUGCUGAGUUUUCAGGUCUUGCUGUGUUUUGGGGGCCGCGCUGAUUUUUGGAGCCAUGCGGUGCGUCUGGGGGGCGGUGAGGCGCUUGGGGGGGAUCGUGGUGCAUCUUAGGGCCAUGCCUUUUUUAGCAGGGGGGUCGCGUUGUGUCUCGCUCUCGGCCUCGGGGGUCGUGUGUUGUCUGCGGGGUUGCUUUGUGUUUUGGGGACCCGUCUGUAAUUUUUUCGGCUGGGCGGGGGGUCACGCUGUGCCCCAGGGGUCGCGCUCGUGCUGUGUUUCCUUUUGGGAGCCUUAGUGUGUUCUUGCUUGGGGGGGCCGUGGCGUGUCUGGGUGGUCGUGGUGUCUUUGGGUGAUCGUGGGGUGCUAGUUUGGGGAGCCGUGUUGUCUUUGGGGCCUCAUGUAUUGCCUAGGGGGCGCGCUGUGUUUCGGGGUCUGUCGUGCUCGCUGUGAGUGUUUAGGGGGUGGGCCGUGUUGUGUUUGGGCUUGGGGGGGCCGUGGGGUAUUUUGGGGGCUCGCUGAGGUGGGAUGGGCAGUCCCAGCUCGCUGAGCCAAAGAACGAGCCUGGGGACAGCUAGUUUUUGGCGAGAUUGCGGGCAGCUCAGACCGGACUGACAGGCCCGAGCGGCCAAAGCUGGCAAACUCUGUGCGCAAGCUGGGUGGGGCCAGCGAGGACGGGCAGGGCGCCAGGGCUUCGGCAGGCUCAUCGAUGUCGAGCGCCUUCUGCGGCAUUGGCAACAUUCCCGGCGCGUGUGUGUUCUCUUGGCGCGUCUCAAUGGCGUGCGACAUUCCGCGCGUAAGGGUUCUGGAUCGGUUGCAUGGGCUGCUUCGGUCUUUGUUCUGUCUUCUUCAUCAUCUCACUCGACGGCGGGCGGCCGCCAGGCGGCGGGCGUUCUGUGCCCGUGCUUUCUUUGUCUUUGGGGUUCAGCCGCUUUUUUUUUCCUUCUCUUAUAUACUUAUUUCUAUUUUUUCUUUGUGGUUGUGCUGUAGUAAGUUAUCAACGAGGGGCCGCCCACGGGGCGACCCCGGUUUCUUGUAUUAAAUAUAUGGACAAUCAUGUUUAAUUUUUUGACAUGUACAAAUGCAUUUUUUUUAUUCGCUUUAUUGUUUCCUGUUAUAGAAGUAUUACAUCUACAAUCAACAUGGUGGGCUGCAUUAAUUCUUAAGCAGAAUAUAGGCGUGCUGGUACGUUUGUUAUGUCCUUCUUGCUCUGUUGUUCGUUGCUCCUUUACGCCGAGGGAACACCGUCCGAGACUCCUCUGCCUCUAGUGCGAUAACCAUGCUCUUCAUUACGACAUCGAUAUCUUCGGGAUGCUGGUACUUACAAUGUCGACAAUAACAGCACGGAAAUCCACGACCACGACAGGUACUGGCGUUGUACAUCGCGCGGCUCGAUGCAAACGGCGGCAAGAACGGGGUGCGUGCAUUCGAUGAUCCUGAUGGAGGGCAGUAUCAUGGCUGCUUGUGGAGCGUAACUUUUCGUCAUUUCAUGUUGUACCUCUUUUUUCUGGUGGUCGAGACGAGAUCUGUGAUCCUGAACGGCAUGGUCAUGUCCUUUCUGCAACUGUACAUGGGUGCAACCAAUAAAACGUUUUCUGUCGCUGUCUUCGCCUUCAUGAACUUCUGGCAGCAGAUAGGAAUCAUGACGUUUCUCUUUGGCGGAAGCAUCAGUCGCUACAUGAGCAUCGAUGUCGGGGACGGCGCCGCGAUCUCUGGGUCAGUCGUGCUCACCAUUGGGAUAGCGGUCUUCACGUUCCUGAUUGCCGAACUCUCCGUGCCUGCCUACGACGCUCUCGAGAUGCUAAAACUUCGGGAGGAGGCCGAAAAUCCUGACCUACCACCGGAGGCCCGCGCUGGAGGUCUGCAGAGUCAAGCAAAAACUGCGACAUACAGUUAUGGUGCAGCGGGCUCGCAGACGUCAACGCUGAUCCCCGGCAGCGCACGCGGAACGGUCAGCAAUAUGCCAGGACUAAACCGCGAUAUGAAUGCCGCAGACGCCGAGCCUGCAGCAGCGCUGCAGCCGUUUGGAGCCGGCAGAACAAUUGCUGGUAGCAGCAGCGCUCGCAUGUCCUACAGCGCUCGUGCUCGAGGCGCGUCUUUCGAGAGAGAACAGCAAACAAACAUUAAGGCACGAAAGAGGUCUAUUAAGCUAUCGGAUAGAUACGUGUGGAUCUCUAUCCGAGAACAGGUUGACAUGUGUUGAUAAUAAAUUUGAAGCAUAUGAAGCAUAUAAAGAAAAGCUCAAGAAUUGUCGAUCUCUAAAGAAUGCCUGUACGGCGGUCUCGUGCAGAACCAUUCGCAGGGAGCUUAUGGUCCCUUACCCACCGAUGGGAUGGAAGCGAACAAGGACGAUGCCGUAAACACUGGAGAGCUUGGCGCUGCAGGAGACCGUCUGGAACAAGACGGAGGUGGUGUCGAUGGUAAUAAUUUCGGGAACAGGCUGAAUCACCACGACUCCUCUAGCGAAACGAAGAGGGACGAACCUGUGUCCGCGAUGGACCGAGUGAGCUCUCAGUUGUCUUCAUUACACGCUUACAUCGUCAAAAUGGGUUUAUCUUCGGGCGCAUCGCUGGACAAGGAGACGCUUGCCGGGGGAGACGUACACAAGACGACUCUGACGACAAAAUCCAAGUUCUGGAGCGCCCUUAAGCAACAGGGUUAUAGCAGUGUAGAGGGCUUACUGCUCCUGCUGAGCCACAGCUACGUGUUCUUGCUAUUCAUAGUAAGCUACAGCAACCUCCCGAUUCGGCAGAUGAUAGACAUCCAACUCGCUGUGAUUCUCGCGCAUAUUUAUCCCUGUCCGCCAGAUGGCGGAGACUCGCUUUCAGGUUUAUGGAAGAUGACAAGCUUUCUGCACACUGAUUUUUGUUUUUUUAAAGUUCUCCUCUUACCUGUUCUAGAAGUUUCACCAGAUGAAAAAUGAGAAUCAGGUUGUUCUCGUAGUAUUUUUUGGGCGUGAUGGAAGUCGUGUGUAUCUAUUGCCAUACUUCUAGUUCCCGCAUAUUCCAAAACCAAUGUCCCUCGUCUCUCCCUUCAUCGUUGCCAAGCUGCUCGCAUAUGAAAGACGAAAAGCUGACGUUGAUGACGGCAUGUGGUCUUUUUGCCGGUGCGUUGAACGCAGUGGUUAACGUCGUUUGCACACAGCAGCUAGUGAAGAAAUUGGGCGUAAAAUUCACGCUAGUUCUGAACCCGCUACUUGCUCUGCUCACACUUUUCGUUUUCGUCUUCUCCGAAGGGUGCUCAAUGCACCAUAGCUGGGUACAAGUAAACGACUCGGCACAUUUCAGCUACACUGAGAGCUUUGUGCCAUGGAAUGAUCGCGCAAGUGCCAAAGAUGGAGCGGUACGACAAGCUUUAGAACGCAUUUCUUCGAAGACGAAGCAAAAAUACACUUUCACGCAAUUUUUAACUCCAUGGACUAGAAGUAGACCUCAUGAAUUUGAAAUUGUACCUCCUGUUGUACUUCUACGUAGAGCACGAGAUGAAUUACUUCUGAGUUUGAUGUUGAUGAACUCGGACCUGUUGCAUUCUCUCUCUGGUGCUCGCCGCAGCGAAUUCUACUUUCGCAACUUUUUAUUCUUCAGGUAAACCGGUUGACUGAAAUAUCCAAGCGUGGUGGUGUCGUCGAGUUUGCACCAGGUGGUGUGAACUCGUACAACGGUCGUGUGGUCGCUUAUGAGUGGGCCAAGCAUCUCGAGCCGCAGCAAGUCUUCGCACCCGUGGGUCCUCCACCAAAAGGCCCGCAACAAGUGGGUCAGAAGGAAGCGGGAGCUGCUGGAGAUCAGAAAGAUGGCAAGGAUUUUUUGCCGUUGGUAGAUGCUGAAGGGCGUGCAAACUACGAAAUCUUAACGCAUCUUCAGCAGGACGCUACAAAUCUUAAUGGAUGCGCGCAACUGUGCAGCAAGCACUACCACGAUUGCGAGUACCUUACUUUCAACACUGCAAGCGGGAAAUGCACCAUGUUCGGAAAAACGCGACUGUCUGACCGCGCAAAAGCAGUGCACCAACCUCUCGACCAAGCUGUGUGGGCGGGCACUGGGCAAGGGUACUACACGAUUGGUUCACCCAGAACGUUCGAGCAGGUCGCAGCGGAGGUCCAGAGAGGAGGGGGUGGCGCGCUUGUCAUCGUCAUGAACCGAUCGGUGAAUCAAGUCAAAGAAAGCCAAAAACCAGGUAUUAGUAGAACUUAUGAAGUUCAUCAUGUGAAAAUAUAUUGUAACGCGUUUUCAACUACAAAUCUGCUAUUCACCGUUUCACAAAAAAAAGUUUUCAGUAUAUGUGAGUCCAGUCUUUUUUAGCAAAACUAGAACACGACAAAUGAAGCCAAUCCCAAUCUAAACGAAAUGAACAGACGGAACACCAACUGCGGAAGCAGAGUCGUUGACGAUCUUGACAGCGAUCAUCCCAACGAGAUCAUGGAGUGAUGAGCUCGCCCAUGGAAAAAACCUUGAGAGUAUGGAACGCAUGCGUGGCAACACUUGGGGUCUCUCCGCCUUUCAGCGAUACAUAUUUAUCGCAAUAUUUUGGAUGCUUUGGUCCGCGGUCCACUUCUCAGUGUGCAAUCCAACUAUCGCUCUGCUGACUUUGAGAACAACGGCUAAAGUAAAAGUCAAGGCCAAGAGUUGGAGCAACAGGUACAAAUGUUGCUUAUUUUCGGGAUUAUGACAAGAAUUAUCUUCACAAUGAUAUUCGUAGGUUAGACUAUCUAUUCUUCCUUGAUGAGUAUCACGAUGAUAGCUGCAGAAGUCAAGUGCAAAGUACUGCUAGUGCAACUCGUCCUUGUAGUAAAAUACACAAGAACUCAAUUUUGAAUCCUGUCCUCCUCCUCGUUUGCUUGGAGCAUUGUCGUUGUCCGUCUCUUCUCUACCAGUUUCGGGAACAACCUGAUGAAGAUGCUGGGCAAUCGAGGAAACAACAUUUUCAAUGUGCCGCUCUUCAUGGCGGUGCCGUCCUUGAUUGGCGGAUGCAGCUGGAUCCUGUUCUGGCUCGUUUGUGCUAUGGUGUUGGGUUCCAUGUAUCAAGGGCUGGAAGAGCGCGACGAGUAUGUCGGUGCGGAUCCUGUCUACAUGGACCCUGAGGAGAGCGUGAGUGAGGCAGGAGACCCAGCUGACGGCAGGCGCGGAGACAACGCGUCGGGAACUCUGAUGAGACGCAGCACGAAUUGAUGCAUAGAUACUAUAUGAUUAAACAAGUGGUGUACUUGGUUAUGGUUAGAACAAUUAUAGGCAUCAUAUUUCGUCGAAAUGCAGACAUUCCUAAUUUACAUGUAAUAAAGGCAGGCUGUUGCUAGAGACCCCAGUAACCCUCUGAAUAGAAGUAAAAGUGCAACAAGUUGUGGUGAACGACACGUCAUCAGCAUAAGGAUCAGGUAUAUUUCAUGCUAUCACACGUUCAUAUUUAAACACAGAUUUAGAUUUAGAACGUUGCAAAAUAGAAAGACACGAUACUCAUACGCAUAGUCUGUACUGGGUCACGAAAUAAGUAUGUAGUAGUUUUGCGCUAAUCAUAAUCCUUAUCAUGACUAAUAGUUGCAAGUGAACUGCUCGAACGAAAGAGUUAGUAGCUCAGUAUCAAACGCGAACACGAACUGCAGUAGCAGUCCAACUUCAAAAAGUAAAUCAUUUACUAGCGAUAGCAAACAAGUUCGAAGAACUACAAACGUUGUUUUUCGUUUAAUGUUACGUAUUUAGAGGGAUAAGCUUGAGUUCUCGACCGUAGUUCGUGAAAUUAAAAAACUAAAUAAGCGCCGGGAGUACCUUCAUCGUAUCUGCUGUUGGUGCUUAGUGUCUUGUUCUUUUGAAAAUAACAAGGGUGACAGUGAGUCAGGUAUGAUCUGCAAGAAAUGACCUAUCAUAGCGCAGGACAUUAUUGGGAUCACAAGUUUAGCCUAGAGGCGAAUGAAUUUGAAGACCAACUAGAAUCAUAGAAGCACUCAUAGCAAGCAAGUUACCAUCUAUCGUAAGAGAACGACCAGUAACAUGAACUGGAACGCCAGUUUUACUCCAAACGUGAUCCUUCUUCAUCACUACGGAAUUGCUUCAUGCUUGCAGUACCCCUGGCACAAAAAUUUGAGCUUUCCCCAGAGUGAAACGACUUCGAAGCUUCAAGCGGAAAACAUACUUAAGGUUAAGCGAAAAAGUAU